CUUUCACCCAUCUCCCGUCAUCUACUGUUAGCCCGCGCCACACUCCGUGUUCGCCUCGCCCCCUCAGCCAGUGCUGUAUAUAUUACCGCGAUCCCCCUUGACCCCUCUUGCUCUCUCCCCAUCGCGACACCCCGCAAAGCCCCAACUUGCCACAGGAGCAGCAUCGCUUUCAUGAGCCCAACCCUUCAGCGGACUAGGACCAUGAGCUCCCUCUUUGAGGAAGACACCCCUUCUGACGUGCGCGCCUCGUCGUCUGCUCUAGCCGGCCCAUCAUCAUUACAGCGGACACACAGCAAUUUCUUCCUACAAAUAUCCGCCGCGCUACCCAACACCCUACCUACUCCCUCACGCGCAGGACAGCUUGCCGUCGGCGAGCUCAGGCAACUCGGCGUCAAAGUGCGCGAUUUCGCCUUUGCCACCGGUAUCCCACCAAUCGUCCCAAACGAUCCGCGUCUACCGGCGAGCCACCCAGUACUCCGCAAGCAGUUUCAGCCAGACCCGGAAAAGCUGAAGCGCUCAUGUGCAGAGGCGAAGAACGAGCCUAGCAGCAAGCCCCAGUCGAAGAGAUCUCGUCUCCAAAGGGAGGACACGGAGCCGGCUAUCGAUGAAAUCUCAUCGCAGUCGCAAGGUAAUUUUCAGCGCGAGGUGACUCCGCCGCAAACCUAUGGUGCUUUUGGUGGCUCGACCUUACCUGCACGAGCGCCUUCAAGGUCUCCGUCGCCAUGGGUGCCUACCCCCAGAGCAUCUCCUUCGCCGCCACCGACUUCACGUUCUGGCAAUCACCCAACAGACGCGCAAAGCGCAUCUCUGGCGGCAAUAUCUCAGCCUAUGGAUUCGCAAGCCUUGAGCGAGCAAUCCCAAAUGUACUUCGAGUUUGCAGGCGUGCCACCGUUUGCCGACGACGCCUGCCCGUCUACACGUUCAUCUCCGGGCGCUGCGAACGGAAGCAAUAACUUCGCGGAGCCGAGCAGACAACGUGAUGACUCAGACUUUGUGGCCGGUUCGAACAUGGACGAUGACUCGAUGGACGUGGACGUGGUUCCCAGCGACACCGCCCCGCCUGAAAUGAGCUCGUCUUACCCCCCUCCUACUGCCGCCCCUCUCGGGCCCGCUACGCGGCGCUCGCGCCCAGCGAAGCAGCUGUCCCCUAGACGCUACAAUCUCCGCCGCCGCCCCAUAUCCUCGUCUCCCCCGCUAAAGGCGAGGAAAGGGACGCAGGCGCGUACGGCAUCGCCUGGCUCUAGUCCGCUACGUGUCGUACGCGACGCUCGGAAUGGGGGCCAGCGCGGGUCGACGCGCCACCCCAGAACGUCAGCGGGUGUGCGGGUCUGGGUAUCGCCCAGCGAGGACGUCGAAGUGAAGCGGGCAUUGACGGCGCGUAACCUUAUAAUGGGAUAUGAACAAGACUACCCGAUGUACGGGGACGUGAAGAACCGACGAUCACUGAACAGUGUCAUCCGCCGUCGGCCAGUUGGGGACCUACCUCCAGCCUACAAGGCUCCGAGGCUCUGCGCUACUCUUGAAGCACCAGGGAGAGAUCCCCCCGUUCAUCUCUUCUUCCGUGCACGCGCAAUGUCUGAGUCACAGUUCACCGUCUCGCUCCUCCCCAUCGCUCUCUCCCUCGUCCGCAUACCCCGCUCGCGUCUCCCCCAGCUCUCGCACCCGGUCCUACGCCAGAUCCUCCACCCUAACCCCACAUUCCUCAACAUCACAUGCAAUGAGAUCGAGCUCUCCCUCUUCGCGGAGGGGAACAUGCUCAAGGACUUCGAGCCGCUUGCGCGCCACGACCGCCAGCGGCGCCAACGCUCGGGCUCAGGCUCUGGAUCGAGUCGCAAGCGCGCUCUCCAGCCACAGGACCUUGUGGAAAUAUCCAUCGACCGAUGGAACGUCCUGCAGAUCGACUCGCACAGUGACCAGCUGGACAACUCCGGUGCGCGCGUCAAUGAGCUCUCUGCCCCCAUUGCUGCGGCGGGCAUCUCCAUCCUAUACCAGUCGUCGUACAUGAGCGACUUCAUCAUCGUGAAAGAGUCACGACUGGCAGAGGUCAUGAACCUCUUCAGUGUCGCUGGCUUUGAUCUCUACUCUACCUGCCCGCCCGAGUCACCUAUGCUAUCCCCCAUCACAUCACCCUCUCUGGACGACACCCACGCCGCCGACAAGCAUAGUACCGGUGCCGUCCUUACACGCACGAGAAGUAACGUCGACGGUGCCUCUACCGCGCCAUCACGAUCGUCCAGCAUGGACAACGACCACGAAAGUUCUCGCAAAUCACACUCACCUGUCAACGGCGACGUGAAGGUGCUCGGAGAAGAUCUCACCUGCAUCGGCCUUGUCGACUCCGAGGUCGAGAGCUGGGCCCUCAAAAUCAUCAAACUGGUUGCGUUCCCGGAUCUCAUCCAGUUGCCCUCCCAAGAUGCCGCUGCGACACCCCACCCGCAGGACCGUCCGCUCACACCGUCGACGCCGCUAUUCGAGGAUGCAGAGCCAUUCUUCUCUAGCAGCCACAGCGCUCCAUCCGAUGAUUCAAGCUCUUCGUCAGACGAAGAUGGGUACUUCUCCCACUCACCAGGGGGCGAGCACUCGUCAUCCUCCUCCUCCGCCACAUCAGCCUCCGCGUCACGGUCUUCCACGGAUUUGACUUCCACGCGGGAGCCCUCUCACUUGACCCCGGCGUCAAAACAUGUGGUGUCUUCCCUCACGCCCUUAACGAGCCUCAACGCCGAUACCCCUCGGGCGACGCCGUUCCCAUCCUCUUCCAAGCGCUCAACCGUAUCAUUCUUCUCGUUCACGCGCUCACCGGAAGGAUCAUCCCUCACCGCCGGGAGCGACCUCCUCGCCGCCCUCUUCCCACCCGCAGAGCGGCACAUGGUGCUCUGCGGCGGCGAACUCGACGCGGCCGACGCGCGCGCAGCGGGCCAGCCCGUCCUCGACGAUGACGCAGACGACAGCGCCUGCCUAAAAUGCCUCCAGAUCGAUCUCCGUCGAUUCGGCCUAGACAAACACGGCAUCAUCAAUCGCUACUCGCGCAUCCUGGAGGAGCACGGCAUCAAUCAUAUGUAUUCGUCGACCAGCCACACGGCUAACCUUCUGGUUAGCAAACGACACGCGAACCGGGCGGCGGCGGUUUUGCGCGGGUGCUAAGACAGGUGGUGGCGCCUCCACCUAUUGGAUCUUUUGUUCUACGUUCGCAUCGCCGUACGCCACAGCACCCAUACGAGGUGCUCUUCAAAAAAAAACCCAUACCACGCACUAUGCUUGAUCUCCUCACGCACCACGCUUGAUUUCCUCAGAUUCCGAUCCUUGCAAUACCUGAUCAAGUCGUGGUUUUGCAUCGAGCCACACCCUCGUCACCACCAAUUGCACCUUCGUUCCAGCCUCUGCGCAGCUUCAUUGCUAAAUUAUGUUGUGAGCUGCGGACACGCAUCCAUUGUACAUACGGUGCACUACCCUCUGUUGUUGUAACGCCAGAUACUCUCGAGGAUUUAUGUUGUAUUUGUAACCUUCUUAUACACCCCGUCUCCGCAUCCCUGUAGGCUGCCCCUUCGCCUUUCGGUAGAGCGUGAUUUUGCAGGAAUAUCAUUCCCAAUUUUUCACGCU